GGGGUGGGGAGGGGUGUGCGGGCAGCCUGUCCCGCCGCUGUGUCCCCAGGUCUCCAGGUCCCCAGAUCCCCGCGGGUGCCAAGUCCCUGUGUCCCCAAGUCCCCACGCCUCCUGGCAUCGCCCGUCCCCGCCGCUCGCCCCGCGGGUGCCAGGCGGCACCGCCAGUCGCCGCGGGCACAAAGACAUCGCUGUGCGGCGGGGACAGAGCCGGGAGGGAGCGGGGACACAGAGCCGCCGCUGCCAUGCCGCUGACGGUGACACUGCCUGGCCCGGCCCCGUGGGGCUUCCGCAUCUCCGGGGGAAGAGAUUUCGGGAAGCCCAUCACCGUCUCCAAGGAGGUGACGGAGCACGGGAAGGCGGCCGCGGGUGACCUCCGGCCGGGGGAUGUCAUUGUCACCAUCAACGGGGAGAGCGCGGCCGAGAUGCUCAACGUGGAGGCACAGAACAAGAUCAAGCAGAGCCCCGGGCAGCUCCGGCUGGAGGUGGAGAGGUCCCCGGUGCCACCUCCCAGCCACACCAACGGGGACACCUCACCGGAGAGGUUGGCCACGCGCUUCCAGGACACGCUGCGGAUGCGGAAUGAGAGCCAGGGUGCCCUGAGAACCCCCGAUCCCAGCCUGGCAUCCCUCGCCCACCCACCUGGCAGUGCCAGCUCGGAACCCCUGGAGCAGGAGUUCACCUGUCCCAGCCUCUGCCAGGAGCGAGGACGCCUGACCCGCCAGAGCAGCUCCCAGGGACCCAUCCUGCCCCCACCCCCCUGCCCACCCUCUCUGGGGCCCGGAGCCCCCCCAAACCCCUGGGAAACGCUCAGGGAGCGGCGCCUCUCCUCCCCCUCUCCCAGCACCUGCCACAGCCAGGGCUCGGAGCCGGCCAUGCGGCGCUUGGAGGAGGACUCGGAGGUCUACAAGAUGCUGCAGGAGAACCGCGAGCUGCGGGCGGCCCCGCGGCAAUCCAGCACCUUCCGCCUGCUCCAGGAGGCUCUGGAGGAUGAGGAAGGAGGAGGUCCCGCAGCUCCCUUCCCCAGCCGGCUCUCGGCCGGGGCCCGCAAGCCCGUGGCGGGGGUGCAGAAGCUGCACGUCUGUGAGAAGUGCGGGAGCAGCAUUGCGACGCAGGCGGUGAGGAUCCAGGACGGCCGCUACCGGCACCCAUCCUGCUACACCUGCGCCGACUGCGGCCUCAGCCUGAAGAUGCGCGGCCACUUCUGGGUGGGGGACGAGCUGUUCUGCGAGAAACACGCCCGCCUGCGCUACCAGGGACCCCCGGGGGGCCCCGUCCCCCGCCCUGUGUCCCCCCGCUCCUGAGCCCUGGCCACCGGCACCGUGCGAGGGGGUCACCGCCAGCAUCCCCCCGUGUCCCCAGGGCGGUCCCACCCCACCGCGGUGGGGCUGGGGUGGGGGGCUGAGGGCACUGCCAGGCUGGGCAUGGAUGGGAUUUGGGGGGCAUGCGCUGCAGCCGCCCAUCUUCACCCCUUUGUGGGUGUGUGUGAUGAGCUGGGUGAGUUCUCAGCCCGAGGGACACCGAGGGGACAUUGGGGGGGGAUCGCUUGAGCACUUGGGUACCGGAGCAGGGGGCUGGCACCGCUUGGGCACUGACUGCAAAGGGCUUCUCCGAGCAAUUAAACCAGAUUCUCUAUAAAUAUAAUAUAUAUUUGCUCCA